GAAUGAAUAUCGAUGACCUCGUGGAAGAAAUGGAUUCCGAAGUGGAAUGCUCACAACCGUUGAGCCUCCAUAGAGAUAAAGUGUUUAAAAAAAUAUCUUACAAUCACGUUUGCGCUCCUCCAGUAGAAUCAUCACAAAUUGUGGUACCGUCACCAUCGUCUGGCGGCCAUGCAGAUAUAAUCCAGAAGCUGGAUGCCAUUGAGACCCGUCUCACGGCCAUUGAAAAGUAUCUAAAAGACAAAAUGCCAGAAAAGGCCGAGGUGCAGGCACAAAGUAAAUUAUUGCGCGAAUGCCGCGUCAUAGCGGCAAAGAGGCACCAUUCAAUUAGCCGCAUCACCGGUGACUUAAGGCCACAAAUCUCCGGAGCUCCCUACAUAUAG